AGCAUGUUGGGCAGGCUGCGGACGACACCGCCCACGACUUUCAACUACGUCAUGCCGAAGGAACACCAUUACAUCUACCUCAUACAAAAGUGUGAUUCAAGAAAUGGCUCUUAUCAUAAGAUAAUGGCGGCCGCAAACGAAGGGUUUCGACGGUUUAUCGUCUUCAGCGCUGCAGAACAAAGAUCGUGGAGGUUGGCCCUUUUGUAUGGCGAGACCACUGAGGUACUGCGAGAAUUUGAGGCAGGCGACGUGUGGCAUGAGUACCUCAAAGUCUUGGACAGCAAUGUAGUGCACCGCUGCAACGCCUCAAGCAGUGAAAAUGUCUUCCAGGAAGUCAUGAAGGUGAUUCCAAAAGCACUGCCAACCACAAUCGUAGCGUUGCUUGAUAGCAGUAUGCUGAACACGGAAGCCAUCCAGAAGUUAAAGACCCAAGAGUACCUUCGCCUGUCACUUGUGCUUUUCGACGCGGGCGAUCUACCGGGCACAGUUCUGAGCAACGCGCCUACCAACACCAAACUCUUCGUUGUUCCUUCUCAAUUGGACCAGGAAGCCAUGGCAGCGUCUAUUGACCUUGCUUUGCACAACAUUCAUCACAGUACCGCUGUACUUUACGGAGAUAUUACGAAGGUAACACGUUAACAUAUCUCACGCUAGCUCCCAUUUUUAACGUGCCACGUGUCGUCGCAGUUUCGCAAACGACAUUUUGCGGAAACGGAAACGCGAGCUAUUUACGUAAGAAUCCUGACAUGUACAAUUAUUUUUGUUCGUAAUACAUCACUCACUAAAUGCAAAUACACUGUCACUGCGAACAGCCUGUGUGGCGUCUGCUAGCCAAGCAGCCAUCUUGUCGUCUGU